AUGACUGAAUAUUGUGAGGUUAAAGGCAACUUUGCGUCAAUUACGUUUGACCUACUUCCUACCACCUCGCAGUCUCAGAUUGUAGUAGUCGCCGGAAGCUAUAGUGAUCGUGAUAAUAUGGCUGAUUUACUUCAGAAAGCUAUCCAAGCUAUGUCGCUUGACGAGGAGGAGCCCCUUACCCUCCCCGAUAACCCAAAAUUCAGAGUCUUCGAUAAAAACGAAACGAGUCUUCUAGGCCGUCUUUUGAAUCCGGAUUGUCAAUCCAUGGAAAGGAUGAUCGAGUACAUACCAAUGGCUUGGAGGGUGUAUGGUCGGGUUCGGGGUAUUGCUCUCUCUCGAGAUAGGUUCCAGUUUGUGUUUCAAAGAGAAGAGGACUUACAGACGGUCUUGAAGGAUAGGCCGUGGUCUUAUAAUCACUGGGCCAUGGUCUUAGAAAGAUGGACUGCCAACCCCCCGGAGGACUUCCUUCAGUCCAUGAUGAUCUGGAUACGUAUCAGGCACAUCCCGGUGAAUUUUUUCACCUCUGAGACCAUGUAUAAGCUCGCCUCAGAAGUUGGAAUGGUGGAAGAAAUUGCUUAUGACCCAAAAAUCUCACAUACGAAGGACUACAUAAGAGCGUUGGUGAUAUUCAAUACAAACAACCCAGCAAAAGCCUCUCGCAAACUCACUGUUGAAGGAGGAACGGUGUCUAUUGAAUUCGAGUAUGAGAAGAUCCAUAAGCGUUGUUUCCAUUGUCUCCGUUUGACUCACGAGAAAAUGAGAUGCCCUCUGCUCAAGAGAGGAGUUUACAAAGCUCCCAAGUCUUCGGAUGUUCCUCGUGUGAACCAGGGAGGUCCGAUCAUUAAUGAACCACCUGCUAGUCCUCCAGGGUUUCCAUUGAUGUUUCCAGAGCUGUCGGCUGCGGACCGCAAAAUGGCAAUGCUAUACAUUUCUCACUCUGACCCUACUGAACGCCUAGCUCGUAUUGAACGUGUUAAACAAGGUAUCUCAGAGAAUAUGGCGGCCUCAUCUGUCCAUCUGACACGCAUCACUAAGGAGUUAGAUAAAGGGAAAGGGCAUGUCUUCUCUUACACUGAACUUCUAGAAUCACAACAGUGUGGGAACUCAUCCCAGGGUGUGGCUCCCCUCCAGAUCAGAGACAAGAGUGACGAGGAUACAGAAUCUUCGGCGUCUAAAUUCUCAACUCGUUCCGCACCGAUAGUUCCUUCGGGUUUUCAGCUUGGCUCUUCUUCGGAGGGGCGAGUCACCGGGAACUUAGGGGCGAACAAGGCACAAAGAAGACGUCCUCCGUCAUGGAAGAGGAGAGCUGCAAGCGGUUCCUUGAAAUCACCUGUUUCUACAUCUACACCACAGAACACGGAGCUGGCUCAGAGCUCGAAACAGAAGGCAGGCUUCCUUACCGUUUCAUCAGAGAACAAAAACCAAAAAAUCUCCAACUCAACGGUGGCUUCCGUAUUGAAGCCGCUGCUUCCCCAAUGA